UUAUCCUCUUAGUUUAAUUAAGCUAAACCAGCAGGGCCACUGCAGCUCCUGUAACAGCGGAGGUUUCAGAAAUCGUUCUGAUUGUACGAGAAGUGAAACGGAGGCUCUUGGAGGAAAAGCUUUGGAGGAUAAAACAGUUUGAAGUGAGUUGGAGGUGUUUGUCUCCUGCAGAAUGCUGCCUCGGCGGAUGCUGUGGGGCGCUGUGGUGCGUCAGGUCGCUCCGCGUCUGACCUACAGCACUGCAGCACAGCCGCAGGUAAAGCAAAAAAAGACCACAUUUGGCCCUCUGAGUGACGAAGACCGGAUAUUCACCAACUUAUAUGGCCGGCAUAACUGGAGACUCGAGGGCUCACUGAGACGAGGAGACUGGUAUAAGACUAAGGAGAUCAUACUGAAGGGAUCGGACUGGAUCCUAAAUGAGGUGAAAAUCUCAGGGCUUCGAGGCAGAGGAGGAGCAGGCUUCCCCACCGGCAUGAAGUGGAGCUUCAUGAACAAACCCAGCGAUGGCAGGCCUAAGUACCUGGUGGUGAAUGCUGAUGAGGGGGAGCCUGGGACAUGUAAAGACCGUGAGAUAAUGCGUCAUGACCCCCAUAAGCUAAUAGAAGGCUGCCUGGUUGCAGGGAGAGCCAUGGGCGCUCGUGCUGCGUACAUCUACAUCAGAGGAGAGUUUUAUAAUGAGUCAUCAAAUCUACAGGUGGCUAUCAAUGAGGCAUACAAAGCAGGGCUGAUAGGGAAGAACGCCUGUGGCUCUGGGUUUGACUUUGAUGUGUUUGUGAUGCGGGGGGCCGGAGCCUAUAUCUGCGGGGAGGAGACGGCUCUCAUCGAGUCUCUUGAGGGCAAACAAGGGAAACCUAGACUCAAGCCGCCAUUCCCUGCAGACAUAGGGGUGUUUGGAUGCCCGACAACAGUUUCCAACGUGGAGACAGUUGCUGUGGCGCCUGCGAUCUGUCGUCGAGGCGGAGCUUGGUUUGCCAGCUUUGGGAGAGAGAGGAACUCUGGGACAAAGCUGUUCAACAUCUCCGGUCACGUGAACACACCAUGCACGGUGGAGGAGGAGAUGUCUAUUCCUCUGAGGGAGCUAAUAGAGAGACACGCAGGGGGAGUGAGGGGCAGCUGGGACAAUCUAUUAGGAGUGAUCCCAGGGGGGUCCUCCACUCCCAUCAUCCCUCGCCAUGUGUGCGACGAUGUUUUGAUGGAUUUCGAUGACCUGGUCCGUGCUGAGACUGCACUGGGAACUGCUGCCAUCAUAGUUUUGGAUAAAUCGACCGAUGUGAUCCGAGCCAUCGCACGUUUGGUUGAGUUCUACAAACAUGAGAGCUGUGGCCAGUGCACCCCCUGCAGAGAGGGAGUCGACUGGAUGGAUAAAAUGAUGUGGAGGUUUGUUCGAGGAGAAGCAGCAGCUUCAGAGAUCGACAUGAUCUGGGAGCUAAGCAAGCAAAUAGAGGGACACACCAUCUGUGCCCUGGGGGAUGGAGCUGCCUGGCCUGUGCAGGGACUGAUCCGCCACUUCCGGCCGGUCAUGGAGAGCCGCAUCACUCAGUAUAACAAGAAAAACCCUCCAAGAGAGCCAGAGCUAGAGAUGAUCUGAAGCUGUGCAGGGCUCCAUUUUAGCAUUCAGCCCUUCGUAACAGUAAUAAUAGCUCAUCAUGCUACAUGACAUUGUGUACCUUAUUUUCUUAACAGUUUUUAAAUAUGAAAAUAUUUCUGUUCUGAUUAAGAAUGCAAAAAUUGUACUGCUUAAAUGGCAUUACAUUUUUUGCUUAAGUUUAAAAGUUAUCAUCAUUGCAAAACCUUUACAGGCAAAAUGUUUUUUAAUGUGAGGAUGAAUAUAAAUUCUGCAGAAAGUCACUUAAUCCAUUUUUAUUUUGGCAGGCAGAACUGUUGAUAGCUAAUUGGCAAAUGUGAGGUUUGUGAUGAAGUGUGGCAGAACAGACUUUAAUAAGGAAAAUACACAUUACUAAGAAUCGCAAGCUCAAACACGGCAAUAAAUUAAGUUUAUUUAUUUCAUAAAAGCAUGAAAUAAAUUCCAUAGCUUUACUACAUAUUAGUCCAAUAUGAUCUGUACAAAAAGACCAGAAUAGGAAAGGAUGGUGUCACUGAUCUGGACAGGGAAAAAGGAAAGAAAAGGAGGUAACAAAAAUCUGUACUAGGGAUAAAAUGAAAAGUGGUCAGUGAUGUGCAACAUCAUUGCCUUGUGUUAUUGUUUUUACAAAGACACUAUAUUCAAUAAACACUUCACCUGGCAUGUUUUCAAACCAUUCCAAAUAAAACUGGAGGCAGAA